AUAAGGUGUCGUCCUCACCACACAGACACAUCUAUCUAUUCUCCUCCUUUCUCCUAAUAAUUAAUAAUAAAAAAUGGCGUCUUUGAGAAAUCCAACAUCGGCAAUCCACCGGACAUUUUUCUUGAAUCCUUUUUCUCAGGUGGGAAUCCAGACUCCAGUUUUCUUCCCUUGUUUUAGAAGAAGCAUUCGUUUCCUCGUUAAAGCCGCAGCGUCUGCAUCUCCUCAUCCAGAUAGAUGUGGGAGGCGCCAAGCACUUGCGGUGGGGACGUUUGCAACUUGCAUUUCUUUGCUUAAUGUGACUUCCACAUCAUUUGCUGCAGAAGCUAAGAAGGGAUUUCAAGCAGUCUUGGACAAGAAGGAUGGAUAUUCAUUCCUUUACCCAUUUGGGUGGCAGGAAGUUGUUAUUGAAGGACAAGAUAAGGUAUUCAAAGAUGUGAUUGAGCCAUUAGAAAAUGUGAGUGUCAACCUGGUCGAAACCAGUAAACAGAGCAUUCGAGAACUUGGCUCCCCGCAAGAGGUCGCUGAGGUUUUAAUCAAGAAGGUUUUGGCUCCACCUACACAGAAAACAAAGCUAGUUGAGGCAGCAGAGCAUGAGGCUGACGGAAAAACAUAUUACACAUUUGAGUUUAUAGCUCAGGCUCCAAACUACACACGUCAUGCUCUUGGUGCCAUUACCAUUGGAAACGGUAAGUUUUACACGCUGACGACUGGAGCUAAUGAAAGGAGGUGGGAGAAGAUGAAAGACAGGUUGCACACUAUUGUUGAUUCCUUUGAAAUUUUCGAAGUUUUCAAUGCCUGAGGUUUUUAUCAUGUGGGGCAGACAGGCAAUGCAGCCUUCAGAUCAUCAUAAUGCCUUUGUGCUGAAUUAUUUUUUUGACCUGUUUGGUGGGACCAAGCUGCAUCAUUCCAUUGCUUCAAGUGUUUUGUCUAAGUGUGGCAAUCUGUAGAUAAGCAUUUUUGAGUUCCUAAUAAAAAAUUCUGAUUUAUU